UGUUGCCCAAGAAUCUGGAAGUUGAAGGUGCCGUCUUCUUCCCUGUUCACUUCAGUUCCGGCGAUCGGCGAUCGGUGCAGAAGAUGUCCGGAUUCGAAUUUUAAGAAUGUGAUAGGUGUACAAUUGCUGCUAUGCCGUCCGUUCACUUCCGCCACAAUCUACAGAUGAAAAAGGUUUCAGCAUUACAUGGUGGAAUCCGAGGCUGAGAAUUGGGAUCUUGUAUGUGGCGGGAAAUCUAUAAUUCGGGAUAUUUUGGAGGCACGUACCGCAUUCAAUCAAUAUACUUCGUGCUACCGCUCAGAGAAGCAGGUUCAUACGAUCGAGUUUGUAGGAUAAUAUAGGUUCUUAGCGGUGGGAAAAUGCAGUCCAAAUUAGUAAAUAGAUCAGCCUUUGAGGCAGAAACAGCCAUGGAAAUUAGGCUCAGAGAAGCUUAUUCUUCUCUGGAACCCAAACUCAAGGCCCCUUUCCCUCUAACUAUCCCAACUCCUGAAGAAUACUCAGCUCUCAACAGAGCGAUACUCUACUGCAUUCUAUGCGAAACCAACAUUGCUGCUGAAGUUCACAUUAAGCAUUUGCACGGGAUCGUGACCGAUGGUUAUGAGUAUUUCACUGCACUGCUUGUCAACGUUGUGAAUGAAUUGUAUGGUAGCCUUGUUGAUUCUGCGAAGAGGCGGUUGAUAAGAGUGACUCAUGAGAUGGUUAAUGUAGCAGCCGUUGGAUUUGAUGGUUUGUUGGUGGCCCUUUUGAGGCAGAUUGUUGGUGGCGAUUUUGGUGAGGAGAAUCUGUGGCUUUCCUUUGAAAUGGUCAAUCUUUUCUCUAGUAAAUGGGAAUGUUUGAUAGAAGAAAUGCCUGUAGUUAUGACGGGUGCGUUGUAUGUGUUCCUCAGGCUACUGGCUGAUCAUUGCAGGGUGAAUGUUCCAAACAUCGAGCCGUUGAGGCGGAUGGAGAUUGAUUUCUGUGUUAGAGUGUUGAGGGAGAAUUUCUCUUCAUGCUUGAUGGUUGGUCGGGAUCUUAUUAGGCUAUUGCAAGAUUUGGUUAAUGUACCUGAGUUAUGUGCUGUCUGGAAAGAUUUGCUGUAUAACCCAAAAACUUUUAAAGUCAUUGAAUUUGUGGACAUCUCCCAGAUAUAUAGCACACGGACUUCAAAAUGGUAUUUUUUGCUUAGGUUGACUCCCCAAAUGGAAUCACAGUUGAAGUUUCUGCUGACUCAUGUGAAAUUUGGUAGUCAAAAGCGCUAUCAGAGUUGGUUUGCGCAGAAGUUUUUUUCGGUACCCAAUAGGAGUGGUGCAGUGGUUGAUAUUGUGAGGUUUAUAUGUUGUUCGGUGCAUCCAUCGAAUGAAAUUAUCCACUCGGGAAUAAUCCCCAGAUGGGCAGUGAUAGGUUGGUUGCUGAAGUCAGAUUUCCAAAGUUAUGUUGCAGCAAAUCUGAAGCUAGCUUUGUUUUAUGAUUGGCUCUUCUUCGAUGAAAAAAUGGAUAGUAUUAUGAACAUCGAGCCGGCUGUUUUACUGAUGGUGCAUUCUAUCCCUAGAUAUAUUGACAUUACACAUACAUUGCUUGAAUUUUUAUUCAUGCUGUUGGAUAAUUACGAUGUUGAGAGGAAGGCGAUCGUGUCUCGUGGAAUAUCAACAGCUUUCCAAACUCUUGUUCGAAAAGGCACUAUAAUCCCCAUUGCGCCGAAUGUCAAGUCUGGAAUACCCAACGAUAGCCUUAUCUGGCAGUUGAGCAUCAAUUCAUAUUGGAAUUGUGGCUAGAAUAUCUGAAUGCUUUUCCUGGAAGCUUGGACGCCACUCGAACUUAUAGUUUUUUGCCGGGUCCUCAGAAGGUGAUGUUAGUAUGCUGAAGCGACGCUGACUCCCGUGUAAAAGAGAUAAGGAUGUAUCGCCGGAAAAACUCCCAACAAUUAUUGAACUCGGUUGAUCAGACUGAAUGGCAUCUAUUUACAAGCACAAGGUUUGCUCUGACCUGUAGAUUGUAAUAGAAGAGUAUACCUUCGAAAAACAUGUUUACUGUAAUGGAUAAGCUUAUGAUAGAUAUUUAAUCCUGUCAGAUGUGAUAAAUGAUUUAGUCCAUGCCUUGAAAUGAUGCAUAUAUAUGAACUCACUCGACUAGGCCUCCAUACUUUGCUUUUUAUUCGGACAAGAAGGAAGUAUUGGAUCGAUUUAUCUAGACG